CGUGUACGAAGGUUCAACUGGAGGUUUCAUCUUGUUGGAACCUGAUAGUCACGUGGAACGUGAUAAAAGUGCCGAGUCAGAACGUUGCGAGAUCCUUAUAACGUGCAACGACUAUGUAUAUACGUUACGAAUGCGUGACAGCGACGGAUCACUAUUGCGUCCAGCUGCCGGUAUGGCCCAAGGACGACGACCAUCAGCCUGGGAUCUUGACAAGGACACUGGCAGUAAAACCCAGUGGAUCUCGUUGUCUCCCCGUUCGAGACACAGUCCAGCUGAAACGGACAUAUAUCUGUUGCAGCCGCGCAUACAUACAACAUAUGAUUUAGACCAACUCAUCGCUAAUGCAGGCUUAGAAGACAUUUUGGAAAAGAAUUUUGUGCUAAUGCGAGGACUGAAACAUGACCUCAACAAAAAACUCUUUGAGAUGGAAUCGACAGCUGACAAACGUAAGUCAGCGGUGAGUGUUUGUGCGCCGUACUUGUCACUCCCGAGGUACACUCUUGAGCCGUUACCAACAUUCAGUCACCUCACCCAGCGUUAUGACCAUGUUAAGCAAUACUUUCCGGGCCCCAGCGUCAAUGUGACUCCUUCGGCGAGUCAAUCAACUACACCACGGAAUAAAACUAUUCAUUUGUUUAAUACCUUCAAAUAAUUAAGAUAUAUAUUAGUAUUAAUGUAAAGUAUAGAGAUGACAUAAGAUAAGUGUCUAGUCUUUAUCACGUUUUCGUCUAGACUAU